AUGUCACAACCUACCCCUAUUAUAACUACAAAAACAACUGCCAAGCCGAAACCAAAAAUUUUCAAUCUAUUUCGUGUGUGCUUCAUUUCAUUAUUACUGAUCGCUGCUGUGGAAUACUUCAAGUACGGUACAAGAAUUAAUUAUGAGUGGUUUCACUGUACUCCAAUUAAGGAGCCUCAAUCUGGCUCAGUGAUCAAACUUUGGGCUCGUGGUGGGCCUAGUUGUGACAAAAGAGGCGAGUAUAAAACUAUCGUAAAAAGAAUCACAAGAGAUUACGAACCAAAUGACGAGCAUUUGUCGUUCUGUAUUAUUGAGAACCCUGAAGUUGCACCUGUUCACUACCCAAUUCAUGAAGACAAAGGUGAACCUGGCUAUGUAGCCUAUGUUGGUUAUGACACAGACUCUGAAUUGGUCCAAGAGCUAUGUGCUGAUUCCACAGUUUAUCACAUGUGA